UAAUUAACGUUUGUCUUUAGGGUUUUAAAAAAUAUCCUUGGCAAACUUAAGAUUCAUUGCGACUAUAAAGAAAAUGGGUGCACCCAAAUUAUUCAACUGGAUCAUUUAGCGAAUCAUGUCAAAAAUUGUCAACAUAAACCAUAUAUGCUUCAAACAUCUCUAGAAACCGGCUUAAACUUUGAACCUAGUGCCACCAGGUUAACCUGCUUAGAACCAAACAUUGAACAGGAUACUUUAUUGCCUAUACCUGUGGUGUCAGCCAAAAGUCAUUACAGACUGAUGUCUUUGGAGAACAAGAGAAGUCUAUACAAGUGUGGCAAUGGAUACAAGACGUUGGCGAACAUCCCGUCGUGGAACCUAUACUCCCAACACAACGGCAUUAUUCACAACCGGUUCGUGACGUCUGCCUUUCCCUACAACUAUAUAAUCAACGAUAAGGUGUCGAUCUUUGUUGGCGACAUCACUGCUCUGGAAGUGGACGCCAUUGUCAACUCAGCCAAUGAAUACCUUCGAGGAGGCGGAGGGGUCGACGGCGCCAUUCACGCGGCCGCCGAUCCGCAUCUGCUUCAGUCGGAGUGCCGAGCAUUGAAUGGCUGUCCCACCGGAAGCAGUAAAAUCACGGGCGGAUACAAAUUGCCCGCAAAGUAUGUGAUCCAUACGGCGGGACCGGUAGGCGAAAGGCCGCCACUCCUUCAGUCGUGCUAUAAAACUGCGUUGGAUGUGAUGGCCAACAAUGAACUCACGUCUAUAGCCUUUCCCUGUAUCUCUACCGGACUGUACGAAUAUCCCAAUGAAAAGGCCGCUCACAUGGCCCUCAGCACUGUUAGGCAGUGGUUGGACAACAGUCCCGCCGCACAACACACACAACGCGUCAUAUUCUGCUUAUACCUUCAAAUAGAUGUCGAUAUUUAUCAUAAUUUAAUGCCAUUAUAUUUUCCAUUGCAUUAA